AGUAUCACAACCUCAUCUACAGUAGGCAGCGGGACUUCGUUGCACUGCACCCGUGAAAUUGACGCGGCACUGUCAUAAAUCUUAGGGUAUAGAUCAUGCAUCAUGUUCAAACAUCAUCUUAUGUCGCUCGACAUGAAUUCCAAACACUUUGUCGUUAAUGAUCAAACAUCUGAAUGUCCAUCUGCGUACAGGUCCUGGAGUACUUGUUGCAUUCACUUCUCACCAUAUUUACAGUACUUGUCCACCGCGUUCGUACUACUCGGUAAUGUAGGUUGAAGCAUUGUCUCAAGCCUCGACCCCACUUUGUCAAGUCCGAUGCAGCUUCUGUAUUCAAGCCCCAACCAUGUCAUGUCAGGUCUCAUUCAGGCUGGGUCAAACACCACUCGCACCACGACAAGUUCUCCCCGACAUCCUCGUAACUUCUGUACUAAUGUCAACCUCCACACUUUCCUAUGCCGCGUCAAACCCCACCCCGGCGCACGCACGCACGCACUUUUCAACUGUUAGUGUAACUCAUGUACAUUGUCAACCUGUCAUAAUAAUUGAUUUUAUAACAGUGUCUCCUUUCAUUCCCCUACUGCGACCGCCCAGCCCCUCUGUUAAAGUGGCGAAGCAGGUCGGGGUUGGUGGAAUGAUCUCUGGCCAAGUCUUCGGAGAUCAUGACAAGGUCGAAGGCAAAGUUACCCUACAUCCCAACUGCUCACAAAACGGUCCGCUGAACAUAUCUAUCGAAGGCGUGUUCGAGUAUGUCUCUGUAAAGGAGGGCCUAGAUGAUGAAUCUGCCCAAGGACCUAAAACUUCGAGAUACAAGCACAUAUUCUUGUCGUCCUCUGCUGUUAUUCCUGUUUCACUUCUCCUUGACCCGCUUUCUGUUGUUUGCGACAUGUUUAGGUGUGGGAGCCCUCAGACAUGUCGGAGACCAACGGGAU